UCGCAUCGCAUCGUGAAAGUGCUGCGCUUCUGUACGAUAUUCGGUUCGGGAAGUGGGUCUAGGCCCUGCAUUGGAGCCCCGAAACUUGAUUUCAAGAUCACGGCCCAAAAUCUCCGACGAUCUGCGAUGGAGAUUCGCAUCGGAAGAGGCUACGCGUGGGCGAUCGCCGCCGGAUUCAUGGCCGCUCUCGCCGCCAUUUCCGCUAAGUUCUUCUCUUCUCAGGUUAUUAAGUAUUGUUUUGUUAUACUAUUCAAUGUUACAAUGUGGGGAUGCUAUGUCAACAGCAUGAAGAGUCUCUCGUCUCUUCAAGCCACGGUUACAAACUUCUCGACAAAUUUCCUCACUUCUGGAUUAGCUGGGUUCUUUUUGUUUGAUGAAUCAUUAAGAUUUCAGUGGUUUGCAGGUGCACUCUUCAUAGUAAUUGGUGUGCUUAUUCUCAGCAAAUCAAGUAUUGAGAGGAAAACUAGAGUUGAUUGAUGUUCCUCUGUUUAUGAGAGAUGCCAUAACCCAUACUUGAAGUUGAAGGUUUGUAAAUGACUUAGAGAUCAGAAUUUCCAGUCUUGUGCCGCUCCCCAGGGGCAAAGGGAGGAAGUUGAGACUUGAGGAUAGAAGAGUGUUUCCUUCCUGGCCGUCAUUUCGCGUGAACGAUCAUUUCUUGCUGCGACUGGCAGCGUCGAGAGUGCUAUGUUUUUGUUAAUGCCAAGAUUGCUAUAUUAUUGUUAACGGUGACCACCAAAUCUCGAAGCUGAUACAGCUACAAGGCAAGCUGCAAAGAGCAUGGAUUUGUGUUUA